AUGGUGUCUCGAAAACGCUUUUACGACGACUUGCAUGUGUCCGCUGAAGGUGACACCACGGCUGCUGACUUGGGCUUCUUGUUGUUAGCCAUGAAGCUGAUGACUUGGCGCCCUCCUUCAUCAGAAGGCGACGCUCCUGUGGUGAAUCAGACAGCCAGAACGGCAACUUACCGCGCGGCAAAACAGUUCGGUUUUGAACUUGAAACGGCUGGGGUGAUUUCUCUUCGUGUUCUUCAGGGCAUGAUUCUGGUGGCACUCUACGAGAUCGGGCACGCAAUCUAUCCUGCUGCAUUCAUGUCGGUAGCAGCGAGUAUACGGUACGCGCAUGGCCUAGGGAUACAACCUGGAGGAAUGCAGAGGUUGAAACUACCGUUAACAUGGGUGGAAGAAGAGGAACGGAAGAGGGUGUGGUGGUCUGCGUUCCUACUAGAUCGACUCUCUGGCAUGGCUUGUCCAGGCUGUCCAGCUGCGAUUGAUGAACCCAGACCAGAGGAUCCUCUACCCACGGACGAUGCGCUAUGGGACGAAGGAGCUACAAAAGUGCCCUUUUCCCCCUUACUAAAAAACCCCGUCAGCAUGGAGUUUGGGAGGUUUGCAUUGCUGAUACAAGCCUUCGUGCUACUAUCCAAAGUGUUGCGGCUCACAUCCUCGCGAGAUGAACAAUCACACCUUCUAAAGGACGAGGCACAGCAAUUAGAACGCACAGUCAAGGCACUGCUUUACUUUGGACAGAUGGAGUGCAAAUGGCGAAACGGGGUUCCAAGCUGUGAGCUUCACUCAAUCUCUCACAUCUCUUUGAUCACAAUGUACACCUCCUCAAAGAUUCCUGUUGAGAUGCCGGAUAAUUUUGUAGAGCCUCUUGCAGACGUCUUGAACAGUUCCAAUUACGAACACAUGGUGACCGCAGCGCGCCGCGGACGAGACGAAAUUUCGCCCUUUUUAAUACAGAUCUUAUACCAGACAUCAGUCCAACUCUUGAAGAGAGAACGUCCUAAAAACGGAGGAGACUGGGGCGAAACUCGCGUAGAGAAGCUCAAGGGCGCGUUGAUGUGGCUGGACAAGAGGUGGCAGCUCGCAGGAGUUUUCCGUCAGGCGCUAGAAGCCCAGCAAAUCGCCUUGUCGAGAGAGACUUGA